UGAACAGCCCGGGUCCGGUUACUAGUAUUCGGACCCUAAAACCCUUUUCAUCAAAGUCUUGAAAUCUUUACCACCAGAAGUAAACAUUAGCUCAAAAUCUCUCAACCCAAUAUCUGUUCAUCACAAAAACAGCAUGUCUAUGGAAACCCAGUUGAAUAUACCAAAUGUAGAGAGUAAUAUUAAUGAUGAUGAUGAUAUAGUUUGUCUGGGAGAUUUUUUUAUAGAUAACAACUAUGAGCUGACUACUUUUACAUUUGGGUCUAAUGUUCUUCAGCUUCUUUGUCUCCAAUCAGCUUCCACUGAUUUUGAUUUGACUGGGCAAUUGGUAUGGCCUGGUGCAAGACUGUUAAAUGAGUACCUUUCAAAUAAUGCUGAGCUUCUGCAAGGAUGUUCUGCUGUCGAAUUAGGAUCUGGUGUAGGCAUUACUGGAAUUCUUUGCAGCAGAUUUUGCCGUGAAGUUGUGCUUACUGACCAUAAUGAUGAAGUCCUCAAGAUCUUGAAGAAAAACAUAGAGCUGAAUGAAUCUUCUGAGAAUCCUAAUUCAUGUGCUGCUUUAAGUGCGGAGAAACUAGAAUGGGGAAACUCUGAUCACCUCAACCAUAUAUUACAAAAGCAUCCAGAGGGAUUUGAUCUGAUUCUUGGAGCUGACAUCUGUUUUCAGCAAAAUAGUGUUCCUCCCCUCUUCGACACUGUGAAACAGCUUCUCGGUCAUUGCGGGAAAGAGCAGUGCAAAUUCAUAUUGGCUUACGUCUCUCGUUCAAAAAUGAUGGACGUAAUGGUUACAAAAGAAGCCAUUCAGCAUGGGUUGCGGAUUAAUGAAGUUGCUGGCACUCGAUCAGUGAUUUCAAAUCUUGAGGGAGUUAUAUAUGAGAUAACCCUCUAGGAACUGCAAAGGUCUGAAAGAUAUUCAUCACUAUUAUUUCAAGGAUCAUUUUUCGUAGUUGCUUAUCUGUUGUUUUUAGAUAUAGCUAGACAUUUAAAGGUGAUUUUUUUUUUUUGCCUGCUGAAAUACAACUACCUAAUUGCAUUUUGAUAAACAAAUGUAUCAACUUAUCACUA